AUGCACUGCUCCUGCGUGGGCUGGUCAGAGGGCGCUCAGUCAGCCAUCCGGGCAGCAUCGGAGUUGAAUAUUGACGGUUAGUCGCAUUUUGAUUGGCCAGUGCUGCUGGUGACGCAUUUAGUUAUUUGUCCGGCAAUGUCCACAUUAUGGGUGCUGACAUCAACCCCGUGUCUACCGACCUCUUGUCCGACGUCUCGAUUUAAUUCUCUGUAUUCCUUACACACUGUUAAUGUUAAGGUCGAUAGGUGUUGAAAUAAAAUUCGCGAUAAAUGCAACCAAACAUGUGCCAAUUUGUCUUUAAUAUUUGAAUGUGUUGUCGAAUUUGGUUUUAUUGCUUCGCGUGUUUCCCACAGCGUAAACAGGACUGUCAGGUAAUCUCAGCCACUGUACCCAGUCUCCUCAUUCCCAGACCGCCUGACUCGAGCAAGCCACCGAGAUGGGGUUGGAGAAGAGAGGCGGUCUCCGUCAAAGUCGACUCCGUCUAUUAAUUUUUUUCACUGUAAACCGAAAAUGAGCACUGCAUUGAUUAUUAGGACUGGCAAACAGUUGUUUUUUGACGUUGUGCAAACUGGCGGCAUAACACGCCCCCUUCUCUGGACCUAGGGUCAGACUGCAUGCCUCAGCCUUGAUGUGGCCCUCGGAUUACUCUCGACGGAGCGAGAUCUCCCUCAUCACCAGUGGAGUCUGGUAGGUGGUGUGCAGUUAGGGAAUUGGUAGUGUGUGGAAGGCGUAUAUAGGAUCUGCAGGGAUGUGAUCAGCCUGAUCAGUGAAGAGAUGAGGUUGAUAAGAAUAGUAACCGCAUAAUUAGUUGCGAUCAACAUGUGCGUGAAGAAUUCAGUAAAGGCGAUGUGAGCGUAACAUCGCAGUGCAGACAACGUCAACUUCUAUGACGUGGAUGCGGAUAUCUUCGGUGAGGUAUGGGGAACAUUUGUGUGGACACACAUGGAAUAUGCGGUACAGGCUUGGCGUCCGUUACUUCGGGAGGGCAUAGCUCAUCUUGAAGGUGGUGUGCAAGGACGUGCUAGAUAGCUUGUCCCUGAACUCAAAUAUUUGACGUACGAAUAGCGCCUGACAGCCUUAAACGUUUAUCGUCUACACUAUCGACAAGACGUCGAUGACCUUUUUUCAAGUUCUAAUUGCUACGGUGAAUUGACGAAUCUUCGACGUCAUGAUUGCCAACACGACAGGGAAAUACGCCGCAAAAAUCAACGCCAUAUGUCCUGACUGACUUGGUUUCACAACGCAUCCACUGUUAUCCCCAUGUAUAUAUAGUUCUUCGGUUUAUGUGAAAUUUCCUCGCCGCACUUGAUAGGGUUUGGCUUCCAACUAGUUGUGGAUUAUCAUCUACACCUGUUCUAGUCCCUGCCGGAUUUCAACUUGUCGUGUGCGUGUGUGUGUGUGUGUGUGACACUGAGAUCGGGUUGGAGAUGUGAGCGCGAUGCUUGUCACGGUCAGCACCAACUCUCAGUUUCCCACUUUAAACGGAAUUCAAACUGGUCCUGCGUGGCUCACGUGGAUGGGCCAGUGCGUCAACGCUCACUUCCGACCUCAAGCCUGCCCAUCACAGCUCCCCCCUUUCGGGUAACGCGUGACCUAGCCAUAGUUCAGUUCUCACAGCUACCACCAAUGCCUCCUUCAUUCCCAUGUGCCUACCUCUUUCUAAAAUUAUUUCAUUAUUCCAAUAUCCUAAUUCAUCACCUAGCCAAGACCACGUCCAAUUAUUAUUAGCUGGUAUACCCACAGAUGUACGCCUAAGUCCAAAGGCACAGUUGAAUUUAAACGACAAAGUAGUAUUUCAAUAGUCAAGAACAAGCAUUCACGAGGUCUGGGAGCACUGCCCUAUGAAACCAGACUGUCAACUCUCAACCUGUUUCCCUUAUAUUAACAUUUCGCAUUAUCAACUGCAUGGACUAUUGUUUAGAUCCCACAGAUUAUUUUACUCAAGCUAACACGCCCACUUUGCGCGGUCAUCCCCUAAAACUACGCGCAGGGAAAGAAAGGAUCAAUGGACGAAGGUUCUUUUUCAGUAACAGAGUAGUUGCAGCGUGGAAUGCCCUGCCUACCGAUGUUGAAGUUGCCUCCUGUGUGAAUUCUUUGAAGUGUAGACUUGACGCUUAUCAUGCUUCCCAAUCACCAGCCUCACAUCCACUCACGUAACCGGACACUAACGUGUGCGUUUGUGCUACUUGCAAUUAGGAAGUAACCGUUAAUGAUUACUAUUUUUCGGCUAGCUGGCAGCUGUCCGGCGUUAUGUACAAAAUUCCUUUUUCACCUUCUCACUUAUCAAUGGUAUUUCCCUUAAUAAACAGAAACACCCCAAUGACAAUCAGAAGAGGUCUGAUAUAUGAAGGUGGGUUGCUGUGCGACUAUCUGUGGACGCUCUAGCUCACAGCUUUGAGCAAAACGGUCUCGAACGUAUUUCGUCCUGCUUUCAAACGAUAUCCAGGUGACUUUGCAAAUCAGCAGGCCACAGCCAAUGAGAUAACUUGGCAGAAUGCGAAUUCUGGCAUCGCCUCUUCCAAAUCCACUUCAGCAACCGUUUCAGCCAGAUGACACAUCCCAAUAUUUGGGAAAAAAUAGCACAUCUUUCGGUGCAUUUAUCGCGCUUUUUAUUUUAGUACUCGUCAGCAUUAACAGAAGCAGUGUAUGAGGAGUACAGACACAGAUCAUUAAAUCUCAAUGUCAGGUGACACGAGGUUGGUGUCAGAGGACAAAUAGCCGAAUGCGCCACCAGCAGAACUGGCCAAUGAAAACGCGGCUGACCGUCGAAAUUCAAGUCUGAUGCUGUCUGGAUGGCUAACUGGUCGCCCUCUGACCAGCCGACGCAGGAGAUGGGCAAUUGGCCCAACUGCUGUAUCAAAUUCACGUCAUGUCUGGCAUCCUACAGCAGGUCCUCGGGAUCACUCCAGUCGCGGGCUGAGGGUGGAAUGCUGAGAACGAAGUCCGACGAAUGAAAGUCCAUCGCGGUAAACCUGCAGGCAGGAAGGGAUGAAAGAUGGGGGCGGAGAUAAAUACGUUGUCAACAGACGUCAGACACCUUUGCCAUGCAUAGUUUACACCAGUGUGAACACAGCACGAAGGCUUUGUCGUGUAUCCGUCACACAGAAGUAUUAUCUCCGCAAGCAUGCAUUCAGAAAUUAAUGAUCGUGAGCGACGACCGGCCGAAAUCCUCCUUCUGCAUAAAGUGCUCUAAGAUUACAUUCAUACUGAUGUACGGCACUGAUCUGCUUUCCAUCAUUCAGAAAAACUGCCCUUUGCUGCAAUUUUCGCAGGAAGUCCAGAUAGUGCAUCACUGCGGGCUGUCAUUUUGGAGAAUACGGCCGACAGAUUGACUGUCUGUUUUAUCCUGAUCUACAGGCGUGAGAUGUGUAACUACCUACAAGCCAGGUAAGAUAUUUGCAGAAGAAAAGACCCAUAUCUAGCAGGAUACUACUGCGACUUCUCAAACUCUCACUCGAGUCCGCCAUCAAGGAUCAAUGAAAACAUCGAAGGCUAUUGAAUCCCAGGACCUUGUGGGACAGACGUGCCUUAAAAGCAAUACUUUUCUGACGUGUGUGCCAAUGAGCGGUCUCUGUAUGCUAGCAUCCCCACCCAAUCUUCAGAGUGUACAAAUUGGCUAUGUAUUGUGAUCGACGGCAUCUGCGUCAGUUUUCUAUCGUAUUUCCGCUUACGACUUUCAAGGUGUAUCCAGAUCUAUAUCUACAUCAGUUUGUAUAUACACGCAAAACGAAGCCGCCAUGGAGAGCAAGCAUUUCUCUCAAGACGUCGCAAUCAGUGAUGGCGGAGACGAGGAUGGGAGGGAGGGAAUGAGCAGGAUAUUGUUGACUCGUAGGCGCCUGGCGCAGAUCGCGGAUGCUGACGGAAACUGCCUCCUCGUAGGUACCAAACAUUUGAUUUUUGCGGCGAGCCCUGCUGAGGCCGAUUCGGAAGGAGGGAGGAGACGAGCAGUCCUCAGCAUCCACCAAGUCCAUGGAGAUUGAACAUGCACGCUCUACAAUGAUUCCGAUAGGAGAAGAUGCAGUUGGAUUUUUAAAAUUGCAAAAUGCCCUAUAUUAUCUGGUACAGCAUAAAUGCAGAUACAUGUGCAAUUAGUCCAGAAAGACAGGGCGAAUCGACUUGUAACACUAUUUAACUGUGGAUGCAAUAUCAAUGAAGAAUUGCUCAAUAUUAAGAGGGCUCUGUAUUUUGUCCUACUCCAAUGCAGGUCUCUUCUCGUAGGUUCGCGUACCAGGUCGGUCGCGGUUGAUGAAAAAUGCAAUCUUGUGUCCAAAUAUAGCACGAUCUCGUAAAGGUUCAGUCUCGUCUUCGGGGCUCAGUCUGAUAUUUUCAUGGUGAUUUAAUUGAGGUCUGAGAUCUAUAGAUUUCGUGUGACCCAGCUUGACAGGAAGUGUGUAGGGCUGACCCUCAUGUCUUCCUCUUCUUCUUAUCCAUGGUACGGCUGCGAUCAUGCCUGAUCUAGCCGGCAUAAUCGAGGCUUUCUCUGCUUGUCAGUCGCAUUUAUAUAACAUCAUUCGUUCUUUCGCCUGUGUUAGAGAGAGGGAGAGGGAGAGAGCCAGCGCGAUAGAUCUCAUUUCGCAAGUGUCAUUCCAAAAUUUUCAGCAAAUAGGCCUCUAUUCACAGUGGAUAAAAAUGGGGCAUGCAAAGCAGAUACAGCUCGUGACCGGUCACAUGAAAUUUUGAUCCAAAAUCUGAAUGGAAUUUUGGGUUAGGAAGUAUUACUUAGGUGGGGUUGUAACAUCGAUUAUCAUACGGCAUAACGCUAUAGUAUUUCGGACUCGUCAGGAUGUCGCCUUUUCAAUGCACUCCUUUUCGACCUCAUGCAGAAACCACAAUCUGCAAAAAUGAUCACUUAUUCUGCAUGCAUUUUUCACAUUAAAUUUCGUCUGUGCCGAUAAAUUCAAAUAUCUUUUGUAGAAUAAGUGCACAAAAUAUGUACCAUUUACACGUUUCAUCGGUAACCACAUUGUGCUCACAUUUUUUACCCGAAAGUGUGUAUUUCAGUUUUGAAAAUGUUUCCCAAUUCCCGAAUCAUUUCGAGCCUGAUCUGCCACUGCAUUAGCGCUAGUCGUUUGCAGUCUACAAGGUGUACGCUUUCCGUGUAAGGAAAAUCACAUACUCCUCUAUGCCUUUAAGAAGAUACUAUAUGGAUUUCAUGAAAUUCUGCAAUCGAUGUGGACUAUGUUGUACAUUUCAUGAGGGGCACUGUGAAACUGAUAUGUGCCAUGCUGUAUGUAUGGACAUCGUACGGUCUUAGAAAUCUCGUAAUGCAAAACUUUGUUAAAACCGAAGGAUAAAAUUGCUUGGGGUAUAAAAUGUAAAGAGGAUGUGACCUUCUACCAAACUACUAAAAGAAAGCAUAUUUUUGCGCCUUUUCUAUAUAAUGUAUUUAAAUUUAUUUUGUCAGCGAAAAUUGAUGUAAAAAAUUCAUAUUAACCAUGUAGUCAUUUUUCAACCAGCGUGGUUUCUUCAGCAGAUUGUAAGCAAGUGCUUUAAAAUGGCGACAUUCCGUCGAGUACGAAAUUAAAUAGCGUUAUGCUGAAUGAUAAUCAAUGUUACAAUCCCACCCAAGUAAUUCUUCCCAUUCGAAGUAUUUACGCCAAUAUUUCAUGAUAUCGGUCAAUCACUGAGGUGACCAGCAGAUAAGAAGUAUGCCAGCGUAGUAUACCGACAUGGCUGAUGGACUUCGGCCGAAAUAUUCAUACAUACAGACUUUGGGCUGAGCCGAUAGACCUUAAGGAUGCAGAUGUACUCCAGGUUUGCAGUUAAUUUCUAAGGAAAUUUAAAGAGCAACGAUGACCUCAUUAUUGUACUUCAGAUAAACAAAGAGGGGAAAAUGAAUGUAUAUAAUUCGCGAAAUAGGCCGACAGAUGUAAAUAUAAGAAAAUUCCCAUGUGAAUGAAGAGUAGAAAAAAAAGAUAACUAACCUGCCCUGCGACGGUGGCGGUGGCUGGGAUGUUGUGUGGUAGUACAGUCAGCGCUUAAGGCGAGCUUGUUUGCCUGUGGCAGUCCGUUCUCCUGGUCGACAGUGUGUUAUUCUCUCACGACGCCUUCUGUCAGCCUGACACCUCCUGCCAUUUGCAACGCACGUGACAUGGCUACGUUGUGGAGACGACUUGACGCCAAUCGGCGUUGUGUCAUUUGAUAAGAAGUAGAAGCGAUCGCUGGAAUAAGAGACUUAUUCGCCCGACGCUUCGGAUUCUCCCUCGAAGCCAUCAUCAGAGGCAGUAGCAGAAACGGGUGAUUCGUGCACGGGAGGUUUCAGUAUUUAUAGGGUGCAGUCGCUAUGCCACUGCAUGCCAAUGAUAAUUAAUCGCCCUCCCCCCCCUCAUCGAGGAUUGUUGCCCGCUGGUGCGCUAAUUGCUUCAUGGACUGCAUGCAAGUUGUCAAUUGCUGAAAUCUCAUCACUCGUGUUUCAUGCUGGCGGGAUGAUUGCUCGGCCAUCUGGCUCACCGGCCUGCGGGCAGGGAGUGAAAGCAUGCACAAGGAUUGCAUCAUUCGCCAUGAUCUGAUGCUGUCUCUGAUGUGAACCUGAAAGGUCAAUUCGUAUUUCCACGGUUGCGUCUCCUCCGCCUUCCUGAAAUAAAAUAUUUAAACACAUGAUUGGACCUCGGCUUUUAAAUAUAUCUUCUCAAAGUGAGGUGGGAGGAAGCAGCGAGCGUGUACGUAGAGGGACAGCCACAACCUGCCUUUGCUCUGCACUGACCUAGACAACUCCGGAAUAAGAUGUGCAUCACAUCUACGCACAUCGCUGGAUUCUCAAUAUGCUCCUAUUAUAACAAUCAUCGUCUUGCCAUGUCUCACAUUGGUCUGGAGGAGACUAGACAAAGCAUAUAUCCCGAAUGCCAAGUAUUUUUCAGCACGACUACGCCGCAUCAUGAUGGCUUGUUGCCUAAAAUCAAGGCCAAAUGUGAUAUCUCAGCGUGUCUGUUGCCGGUCAUAUACGCUGGUUCUUCAUGUUGACCUGGACUCCUUUGGAAUUUUGAUAAGAUGAACCUUCAAAUAAGCCCCUAAUAUGCGGCAAGCCCGUUCUGAAUCCCAGCAGGAUUUUCCGGCGUGUUUGCAAGUCACUCUGCGUACUUUAAUCUUCUCCCAUUUGUCCUCUCCGUCCACCAGUGCACACUAUCAAGCAUUCUUCACACACCUUCCUAUGUGUGUCGCACGUAAAACAGAGACGUCCCAUCAUCUUAGCCAUCAGUCUACGUCCACUCCCCCUGCCUGUCGCUACUCCGUCAGCCUCAUCGGCUGGUUCGGUUAUUUGAAUGUGCCCCUACGAGACUGCGCGAUAACUAACUGUUAGCUCAUGCUCGCAAUUGACUGUGUACACGAAACCUGUACGGAAGAAUGCAGUUUAUGCCAAAGUCAAACAACUGCAGCCACGUCAAUAUUCACAACGGACAGCAAUCCACCGCCAGUCCCUUCAGUCAUUGACAAUAGUUCUGUUUGUGGAUCAUCCUCGGAGACACUUUUUGGCUCAUAUAGGCCGAGCUGUAGUUUCAGAGUCUCGGGCGACCUGCGGACUAGUUAGGAAAAUCGCAGCCAUUGGCGAACUCCACCGUGUGCCACACAGACUGAAGGCAGCACUGGCGGGGUUCGCGUGAAUCAGUUUAUUGUGAGGCAGACCUGCGCAACAUCUACCCCACUCCCUCCCUCCCACACCCACCUGGCUCCGAUGGAAAGACAAUGUCCAGAUGACCGGAGGUGGGAUCGGGUGCAAUGGUGGACAAAGCUGCAAACAGUCCGUCUAUGCGUUCGCUGACGCGAUCUGGUAAAGCAUCGGGUUGUGUGAAUGAACAUGCAUCACACAGGCGUGAGCGAUUCCUGUCCCGAAAUAUCGAGGCAUGCUGACGCAGUCACAUAUUGAGGAGUUAAAGCAACUUCGACAGGGCAAAGAUAAGAAAACUGAUGUUGUUUUGAUGGACAGAGCCGACUACAUUGCAAAAUACAGUCAAUCCUGUCGGACCAGGAACAUUUCCGAAAGGCAGAAAACCAAAAUGAUCGAACAGAUGAGGUUGAAACUCUGCCGACCGACUGUUUGAAAAGACUUCAAACGAAUGGUUUCAUUAGCGAAUACGACCUAGAGCGUCUCCCGCCUGUCGGCACGCAUAUAGCUCAGUUAUAUGGCUCGCCAGAGAUCCACAUACAUGGUACACCGAUUCUAGACAUGAGAAACUCGACGCGCCAUGCUAUAGCGAUUUGGCUAGCGGAGAAACUAAAGCCCAUACAAUACCGGCUAGCAUCACAUAGCUUUCGGUAUACCUAUGAAUUCCUUAACGGCAUGAAAAAUCUCAACCUUAACUGAAAUGUUAUGAUUUCGCUGGACGUCUCGUCUCUUUGUACGAACGUACCGGUCACAGAAAUCGUCAACUACCUCUGUGAAGCCCUUGCCUCCAAUAAUCAUGAUAUAGGAAUGCCGGUGAAUGCUCUCAAAGAAUUGCUACUGAGAUGUACCUUCAAAGUACGGCUUCUAUUUGACAACAAUCUGUAUAGACAAAUCGACGGGGUAGCUAGAGGCAUAACCCUUGGUCCGCUUUUGGCGAAUAUGUUUAUGGGCAAGCUAGAAGCUUUCGAACUUCGUCGCCAGAUCGAUGGUCUGAGAUAUUAUGAACGCUAUGUGGAUGAUAUAUUCGCAAUUGCACCUAAACAAAACGACGUUUGUGUCCCGCCGGACGACAUCAAUCAGGCGCACCCAUCAAUCAGAUUCACGCUUGAAGGAAAACAGUCCAGAUCGCUCCCCUUUCUGUAUGUGCUUUUGAGCAGAAGGCCCGCUGGUAGUAUUAAACGUAGUGUCUAUCGUAAGAAGACGUGGUCCGGACAAUACACCAAUUUUAGGAGCUUCGUACCGUUAAACAUGAAGCGCAAUUUAGUCCGCUGCUUGACACAAAGGGUAAGGAGGAUCUGAUCAGCUGAUAGCAUUGAGGUGGAACUAAAUAUUGUUGAAAAUCGCCUUCGCCGGAACGGGUACCUCGGUGGAUUCAUUGCUAAGUACAUGACCGAAAGACUACCAAAGCCCUCGAGGCUGACGGCAGACAAAAAUAAGCUUUUCCUCAGGGUGCCGUUUCAAGGGGACGCGCCAAGUGAACUUUUAACAAGGCGCCUAACUCAAUCUAUAUCACACACCUUCACGGCAGUUGACGCCGCUGUACUCUUCUCUACUAGUUCCAUCAUAUACGGAGAGGACAAGGACAAACUGUCAGGCCAGACAACCUCUGUAUGUAUUAACUCCCUCACCUGCUUCUGUGGGGCAGAAAAUAUAUUGAUGACAAUAUCAGUAAAGACAUGCCCGUGAUUUACCAUACUUCAAUGCAAGACGCAACGCAUAGCCUUGUACACCAAAUCCGGUGAGAUGGGUGCAAAGAACAGUGUCACGUCGACGAACAGUAUCGCCCCGUGAAGCUCCACUUUUGCUCGCAGGAAUUAGUGAGGAGUUGAGAUGCCGAUUUUACUGACGUCCCAGAUGCACCUGAAAGAAGAUGUGGUUUGCGAGUCAUCCCGGCUGACUGGGCUGCCGCCUAGGGCUACGAUUGGUCGAGGCGAAAGGUGGGAUUUGAGGCAGUCCCUGGCAUCUGGCUUGCGCUCAACCAGUUGCUUCUAUUUAAUGCCAUUCGUCCGACCCAUACCUGCAUUGAGUAAGAAGACCGUUUAACUGAUAACUAACAUGUCCUGAGACGGUGACGGUGGCCGCGGGAAGUUGUGUGGUACGACAGUCAGCGGUUGAGGCGAGCUUUUGUGCCUGUGGCAGCCCGUUCUACUGGUCGUCAGUCUGGUUAUUCUCUCAUGACGCCCCCUCUGGCAGCCUAACUAACACCUCCUGCCAAUUGGAUGCUGAUUGCAACGCACGUGACAUGGCCACGUCGUGGAGACGGCUUGACGCCAAUCGGCGUUGUGUCAUUCGCUGAUCUGGAUUGUAGGCGGACAAAGGUCAUGUGCGCAGGCACGCACGCACGCACGCACCGCCCUCGACGCACCUCCAAAGGUUGGGUCUCGCCUUGCUGAAACAAUUGUCGCCACUGUCUUCUCAGUCGCGUCUGCAGUCCCCUGUCACAGUAAGGGCUGCUCAACCAAUUCUCUGUCUCAGUCUUCUGUUUCCACAGCAAUCAACACCUCCUUCAUUUCCAUGUUCGUACUUCUGCGUACAACCAUUCCAUUGUGCGGUUAACUGGCAAAGGGCACUAUAAAAAAUGCAUGCUCCAUCUCCUAGCAAUUAUUAUUAUUAUCAUCAUUAAUUUUAGUGUUAUUGAUAUAGACCCAACUGUGAAAACUCGGCGCCUCGGUGGGAUUCGAACCCACGCAAUAAGGGGAAGGCUUUAGUACAGCCAACGCUCUAACCACUUGAGCUACGAGGCCCCGCCGGACGACGCGAGUUUAAUCACUGCAACGUCUGGAAUCCACCAAAUCUGAUACAGUAAGUUGACUGCCCAAGCAGGAUUUCCUAAGUAAUUCACCUAGAAUCCACCAGAUGACUAUCAGGCUCACAUAAUUCAUAGAUAUUUUGGCAGAUUUUGAAUAAUCCAUAUUGACCCAACUGUGAAAAACUCGGCACCUCGGUGGGAUUCGUACCCACGUGUCUUCCGGCGGGACCUCGUAGCUCAAGUGGUUACAGUGGCGUUUUUCAAAGAGAAUAAGAGAGCACCUUCCAGCACGGUUAGGAAAAGGCCAAAUAAAGAACGUUAACAGCUCUAUCCUCGCGCACAUGACAGACGCGGAACACUGUGUAGAUGCCGGGCAGGUCUUCUGGGUGAUUUACAAUGUCCCGUCAAGCUAUCUAAAAUAACUUGAACAGCGUCUGUUGGCAACAGUGGAGACGGUUACAAUCAGGUUGCGCAAACAAGUUCUAUGCGCGCAGAGAACUUCAUACAGGCAAGACCAUAGGCCUAAUUCACCAAGCCAGCCACCCGCAUUUAAUCACCCGUCCCAGUGUCCACCCUCCCCCUCCCCCACCUGACACUGAGGGCAAUAUUGUUUUUCGUUUCACCCAACCCCAGCUACAGAAUAACGCCUAAUCGACCACUUUUUAUUAUUACUCAUUUGGAUAGAAAUAUAGCUGUGUAGGCCUGAAGGUAACUGAAGAUACCUUCCGCCGACUACGCAUGGAAAAUUCAAAUGUGGAUUUCACGGCAGAAAUCUACAACGAGGCGUUCAUAAUAAUUGAGAAUAUGUACGUAGAAAUCGUGAACAGAGUUCUCAAUCAACUGGGAAAGCCAUCACCAAACCGAUCUGCUGCUGCUGCUUCGUUAGACAUGGAUUUGCGGCGUGGGCAAAACUGCAACACGGUGGGUCUUCUGUCGCAUCUGCAACCAAACUCUCCUAAGCCAACACUGGAGCAGAAUGGCAUUUACGAGCAAAUAAUGCCAACUGUCUAUAACGAGGUUGAAGGAAUCUUCUUCGGAGAUGCGCCAGGGGGGGACUGGGAAAAUGUUCCUACUAAGACUGAUUUUGACAGCAAUAUGAUCCAAAAAUGACAUAGCCUUAGCACUUGUCUUCACCGGAAUAGCUACAACCCUGCUACCCGGCGGAAGGAUUGCCCAUUCCGCUUUGAAAUUGCCGUUGAAGGUGCAAUUAAUUGAAACUCCCACCUACAACAUUUCCGAGGCAUUCAGCACGGAAAAGUACCGCAGAAAUGUAAACUUAGUGUUUGAGUUAAAUGCACUAUGGCUCGAGGCCCAUGGUCGAACACUGCAAGAUUUGCGCGGAAACAGCAAACCACUUGGGGAUGUGCUGCUACUGUUUGCAGGAGACUUCAGGCAAACACUGCCUGUAAUUCAUGGACCGACACCAGCGGACGAAAUAAAGGCCUGCCUGAAAACCUCGUACUUUGUGGCGCCACGUCCAGACGUUAACUACAAAUAUGCGUGUCCAGCUGCAAACCGACCGAUCAGCUGAAAUAUCCUCACACAAAUUGCUGACAAUUGGGAACGGAGCGGUGCCGGUUGAUCCGACUUCGGGACGCAUUUCACUACCUCUUAUCUUCGGCAGUUUAGUGUUGUCGAAAGAAGAGUUAGUUGACAAGGUAUUUCCCAAUAUUCAAACCAAUUAUACGAAUCACGAUUGGCUGAGCGAACGAGCUAUUCUUGCAGCCGAGAACAAAGAUGCGUACCAUUUUAACCACGUUAUUCAGUCUAGGAUUUAAAGCGAGGCAAUCACAUGCACGUCCGUCGACACUGUUGUGGAAGCAGAGGAGGCAGUUAGUUAUCCAACGGAAAUUUUGAAUUCGCUGGAUCUGCCAGGAAUGUCGCCGCACGUACUGCAAUUGAAAAUCGGCGUACCGAUUGUCAUCUUACGUAAUGUCAACUAGCCGAAGGUUUGAAACGGCACGCGGCUUACAGUAAAAAGAUUAAUGCAGCAACGUCGCAGAAGCGAAUAUGUUGAGAGGGCCUUCCAAAUGUGAACAUUUCCUUAUUCCUCGCAUUCCACUAAUUCCAACCUAUACGCUAUUUCAGUAGGGGAGACUGCAAUUACCGAUUCGAUUGGCGUUUGUAAUCACCAUCAAACAAAGCUCAGGGCUAAUCUUUAGAAUUGUGCGGUUUGGAUCUGCCAACUGAUUAUUUCUCACAUGGCCAAUUAUACGUUGCGUGCUCCCGAGUACGCAAACCAGACAAUCUUUGUGUCUGCACAGACAAAGCAGAGGCAAAAAAAUAUUGUAUACCCACAAGCAUUGUGAAAUUAAACAUAUUAUAAACGCGUUCCCUUCGUCUUUUCUUUCUUUUAGAUUUAAUCAGACUGAGCCACAGCAACCCGUGGCGGGGACCAGCUAG